AUGUCGCAGAGAUCAUAUCGGAAAGCGAAGCCCCAUAAUAAGGAGGACAGCUCCGCCGUGGAACUUCACACGGCCGCACGAAACGGCGACUUGGAGGCGAUAGUGGUGGAUGGUGCCGAUUUCAACGCGCGCGAUAAGCUGAACCGCACGCCGCGUCCCUGCUAUGUCUCAUCGAGUACUACCCCUCCUAUCUCCCCCGUUCUCCCCCUUCUCUCCCUCCCGUCCCUGCCACCCACCUCCACCAUAUCCUUCCCCAUAUCCUCCCCCAUAUCCUUCCCCAUAUCCUUCCCCAUAUCCUUCCCCAUAUCCUUCCCCAUAUCCUCCCCCAUAUCCUUCCCCAUAUCCUUCCCCAUAUCCUUCCCCAUAUCCUUCCCCAUAUCCUCCCCCAUAUCCUCCCCCAUAUCCUUCCCCAUAUCCUCCCCCAUAUCCUCCCCCAUAUCCUCCCCCACCCGCAUCUUUCUUUCCUUCUCGAACACUACCCCUUCCCCUCUCCCUCCACCUCCCCCUCUCCUGUGUCCCUCUUCGUCUCGCACUGCUCGUCUAAUCAGGCUUCAUCUGGCAGCCUGGGCGGGCCAUGCUGACGUCAUCACCCUGUUGUGCGCCAGCAAGGCGGCGGUCAACGCGGCAGCCGCAGACGACACGUCAGCGCUCCACUUCGCGGCGCAGAAGGGCCAGGUCAGCGCCACGCGUGCGCUGCUGGCGGAAGGAGCCAAGCCGGCUGCGGCCACUAGAAAGGGCAUGACUGCCUUGCACUUCGCAGCUUCCAAGAACUUUCCGGAAGUAGUUAAGUUACUUGCUAGGAAGGGGGGCAAGGAGCUAUUAGGUAUGCGGAGCAAGAGUGGCGAGAAGGCCGCGGAUUUGGCUGGGAAUGAGGAGAUUAAGAGACUAUUGGAGGGUCUGGAGGAGGAGUUGAUUAGCAGUGGUGGAGGCAAGGGCAAGGAGAAAGGGAAGAAGGAACAAGUUGAGGGGGGAGAGAAAGGAGGGGAUGCGAGGCAUGGGGAAGUAGCAGGGGAGGAAGGGAAGGGCGGGGAGGGAGGAAAGGGAAAGGAUGGUGGGGAAGGAGGAGAGGGAGGGGAAGGCGGAGGAGGGAAAGGAGGGGAAGCAGGGGAAGGAGGGGAGGCGAAAGAGGAGGGAGGUGUUGAGAUAAAAACAGGGAUUGACAGUCAUGAGCAGGGGAGAAGAGAAGGUGUAACUGGUGUUGCUGGGAUGGAGGAGGGGGGAGGGAAAGGAGAAGGGAAGAGAGAAGAGAAGGGAGAGGAGAAGGGAGAGGAGCAGGGAGAAGGGGAGGUGGAAGGGAAUCAGAGGGUUCGUAGGAGACAGGAGGAAGGGGAGAAGGAGGACGGAGGAGCAGACAGGGAAGGAGAAGGGAAGGAGGGAGGGGACGGGCAGCAGUCAGAGUCUCGGGCGGCGAAAAAGCCGAAGAUUGGUUUGUCUCAUCUGAGUGCCGAUGUGGACGAUGCAUGGGAGGAGGAAGCGGACUGA